UGCAUAGACGUUUGUAUUGUUAACGUGUUUACAUUCCGGUGACUGCGCCUACAUUCACGACAUUGUUCAAUACUUCGAUCGGUUGUGUUCCUGCCAUUGCAUUUCAUGAUGGACGAGGAAGUUAGUGGGAAAAAGGCUACACUUCGUACAAAUGUAGAGAUCCAGUCGUAAAUGAUCAUUUGAUUUUGAGUAGCCUAGGCCUGCUCAAGAAAGCAAUUCUAGCUCAAACAAUGGAGGCUGCAAUUUGCAAAUACUUGAGAAUCCUUCAAAAAGCCGGAUCGAGGUCCGUGAUCAGGAACGUCUGCUGAGCUGCAACCACUUUAAUCCAGGGAUGGGUACCUCUUCGGCCCAGAACAACGUCAGCCAAAUCUGGAACAGAAACUCGUCACACCAACAAGAUUUCAGGAGCAUUGCUCAUAUUCAGGUUUAGAAGAAAAUGUCUACAACUCCGUCUGCCAAGAAGUCAUCGUCGAUGGACGGGGGACAGGAGGAGGAUGAGGACACGCCCAAGACGCUGCAACCCAAGAAGAAAGUCAAGAAGAAGAAGACACCUGUAGGAAUCAACGUGACCCUCACCAAGUAUGAAGUCGUUCGCGCAGUGGCCCAAAAAUUUGGUGUGCACUCGACCAAGGAAGAUGACCAAAAUUGUUUUGUGUUCUGGAGUGACACGGCGCCCCCGUCAGAGCAGAUCUCCCAGCUUAAGUCAUACCAGCGCAUCAACCACUUCCCAGGGAUGGGGGAGAUUUGUCGCAAGGACUCGCUAGCGAGGAAUAUGGCCAAAAUGGUUCGAGCCCAUCCAGACGAGUACAACUUUGUCCCCAGGACCUGGAUCUUUCCCUCAGAGUACAACACCUUCCAGAACUAUUUCCAGGAUCUCAAGAAACGGAAGAAACAUCGGACAUUCAUUGUGAAACCAGCAAACGGAUCCAUGGGCAAUGGGAUCUCCUUAUACCGAAACGGAGAUCGCAUCCCUCCUACGGAGCUGACGAUUGUCCAAGAGUAUCUGGACAAACCAUUUCUCUUGGAGGGGUAUAAGUUUGACUUGAGGGUCUAUGUUCUCAUCUUGUCGUGCGACCCGCUCCGAAUAUUCCUCUUCAACGAUGGACUGGUCCGAAUGAGCACGGAGAAGUACUGCAACCCGAACGACAGCAACGUGGACCAGCUGUACAUGCACCUGACCAACUAUUCCAUCAACAAGAGGAGCGGUAACUUUGAGCGAAGUGAGGACGUCAACACGGGGAGUAAGCGCUCUAUCAAAUUCCUGAACGAGUACCUGCGUAAGAAUGAUUACGACGUGGCGCUCAUGUGGAAAAAGAUUGCUGACGUGAUCAUCAAGACCAUGAUUGUUGCCGAGCCUCAUGUGCUUCACUCGUAUCGCAUGUGUCGGCCCGGGCAGGCGUCGGGCGGUGACAGCUGCUGCUUUGAGAUUCUGGGUUUUGACGUCAUGUUGGAUCGGAAGCUUAAACCGUGGCUAAUUGAAAUUAAUCGAGCACCCAGCUUUGGCACAGAUGAGAAAAUCGACUUUGACAUCAAAAAUGGCGUCCUGACAGAUACCUUCCGUCUCCUGAACAUGAAGCAAUCCGACAAGAGAAGAGGGCUGGCCGCUCAGAAGGCCGAGGCACAGAAACGGCUCUUCAGACCUGCAAAGAGACCAGGCGUGGAAAUUUCAGAGGAAGAAAAGCAAAAGGCAGCCAUCGAGAAGCGGAAGCAGGAACUGAAGGAGAAGCUGGUGCAGGUCCGACGCGACAACGCCCGCGAAGACUACGAGAAUCGCAACAUAGGCUCCUUCCGACGUAUCUACCCGCCACAGGACAAGCUGAGCCAGGACAACUACUACACGCUGCUGACAGACGCCUUCCAGUUGUUCCUCUCUGGCAGGGCGGCUGCUCUGCAGCGAGAUGCCACCAAGAUGUACAACACCGGCCUCAGGGAGGAGGAAAUAUUGGACAUGCUGCAGCAGUGUGAGGCAUCACCAGGAUUGCAGGGCAUGGCUGCAAGAGGUCCAAAGCCUCUCUCCAGUAUGCCAAGUAGUGCUGACCAAGCCCCGGAGGACGAGGCAGAGGAAUACGACGAGAGCAUGUCAUGUGACAUGUCCCUCCCAGACUCUACCCAGGACUCCCUAAGCAGCACCAACUCGACCCUCAGCAACCACCAGCCCCCGCGCCCCUCCCGAUCCCUCACCCGGGCCACCCAGGCCUCCCCGACCCUCAAACAGCGCCCUCAGUCGGCCAAGGGGCUCAGGUCCCGGCCCCAGUCGGCGGUCAAGACGUCAUCGGGGACGAGGGCCCGCUCGCUGACCCGGCCGAUGUCCUCCGUUAACCGGAAGUUGUCGGGAAUGAGCCUCAGCCAAGCAAUGGAUGAGGCACUUGCCACAGCAGCAGCCAAAGAGAGAGAAGAAGAAACAACGAAGCGAACACUGAAUGCACUCAACGACAUGAGGAUCAAGUUUCCUGGAAAGACCGACGAAGAGGCUGAAUGGAUAUUGUCUCAGAUCCAGGAAAACUGGAGAUUCCACAAGCCACGGAUAGCGUCCUACUGGCUGGUCAAACUAGACUCCAUCAAACGCCGGAAGGUCAUUGAAAUCGUGCGGUCCAAUGUCCGAGCCCUCCUCCAGCGAACGUGGCAUUCCAACGACGUAGAUAACCUGCGGUUGUUCCGUAUCUUCACCCGCGUGUUUAAUCGACUCCUGUGGAGCCAUGGUCAGGGAUUGUGGAAUUGCUUUUCAAGCACGGGCAGCAAUUCUUGGGAGAUGAUUUUCAGUAAGAGCUCGGACGUCAUAUCCAGCACUGAGAUGAGCUGCAGCCGUCGCAUCGUGCAGCUCUGCCGCGACUGUCUUCUGAUUGUCUAUCAGUUUGCCGCAGAGGCCAAAGGUCAAGGGCCACCGGCGGUUGCCAUGGGCGACGGACCAGUCCAGAGGCCGAUUCAGCCCAGACCGUCUAGUCUCCGGAUGAGUACAUGGAACAAAGUGGGCAGUCCCACCGUCAUGACGCCCAUCAGUCAACGCAUGUCACGCCUCUACCCGAGCAUGUCCAUGGACAAUUUAUGACAAGGACAACUUCUGGCGACUCCUUGAGAAGGAGGCUAGAGGACGCUGAGGCAUUGACAGGAGGCUACAGCUUAGCUGGUACUCUGUACAGAAGGAGGCAUUGUGAUGCUGGGAACCGGGGAGGAGCUGCAUAAUAGCAGUAGUCUUUUUCAGGAACACUUCUAACUUCCCUUUGAGUUUUCGGCAAGGACAUUUAUGAUGUUUAAAGUCUUUCGGAGGUCAUGGAGGUCCUACUGUGACUGGAGAACUGUGAGCCAAUCAGAACUCUGCAAAUUUUGUAAUUGGCAUUUUUAUAAUACGUCCGAAAACUCGGGCAAAAACACUUGUGUGGUGUAUUACCGAAUUGGUAACUACAUGUAUAGUGGUGUUCCCUAACGUGGCGCACUUGGACGUUUACCCCGACUUUCCACAACAGUAUUGCCAAACUUCUUUGUUGACAAACUUCAAAUUCAUUCAGUGAAAUACUGGUACUUUUACCUUAUUAAUGCUUGCUAUUUAACCUCUGGUGUCAUGAAAUUUCGGUGUCAUGAAAUUUAAUCGGAAAUUCAACAACGGUGGCGUUCGGAAAUUGGGCACAAAUCAGCUGAGUCUUCCCAACAUGGCACACUUGAAUAAAUCUUGGAAAAUUCCAAAUUAACAUUUAAAAAUUUCUGUAAAGUUGAUAAAUUUUGAUAAACCAUUAUUAUUUCUACUUACAUACCCAACUAGAAGUUUGUCAGA